UCUGUCAUGUGAUCAGCUGUGUCCAAUAACAGCUGAUCACAUGUAAACAAGGAAAUGCCGGUUAUCGGCAGGCACUGAUGAUCAGUGUAGACCCAUCAGUGCCACCUGUAAGUGCCCAUCAAUGCCACCUGUAAGUGCCCAUCAGUGCACAUCAAUGCCACAUAUCAGUGCCUACCAGUGCACAUCAAUGCCACACAUCACUGCCCAUCGGAGCUGCCUUUCAGUGCCAGUCAGUGUCACCUAUCAGUGCCAAUCAGUGUCGUCUAUCAGUGCCAAUCAGUGCCACCUAUCAGUG